AUGCCUCCAACGACAUCUCCCUGGUACGACCGAAUCUCCCACAUAUCGCAGACUGAUUGGUAUGGAAUAUGCGCCGCAAUCGCUCUGGCCAGUUGGCUCGUAUGGAGUCUGGCGUCCCGUGGUGGCCGGUGGGCGAUACGAUGGCACGUGAUGCAAUUACGGCGACUCCUUGCCUAUCCCCUGCCGAGACCGUUCGGCCACCUCGAUAUGGCCACUGUCCAACAGGGCUCAGUGGUCGCGCUUCUGCUUACGGCGAACAUCCUGCCACUAGUCUUGCGGGCUCGAUCCUGGGCCACCGUGCACCGCCGCGCCGCCAACCUCGCGGUCAUUAAUUUCAUUCCGUUGUGGACGGGCUGGACCAUUGGGUUUCCAGCGCAUCUUCUAGGCAUCGAUUGGUCGGCGGCAGCCUGGACGCAUCGAUGGGUCGGCCGGAUGGUCAUCAUCUACUCCGUCCUCCACGGAGCGAUCGCGAUCCUGGGUGACGGCCAACCGGUGCAAGCUAUACGACAGCAUUACGUUCCAGUUCUGGCAGCGUGUUCGAUGAUCAUGAUCGUUCCCGUGACGCUGCAUGACGUGGUUCGCCGUUACCCGCAGCUGGCGAUGAAGUAUCACUACCUCUUGGCAGUAACCGGACUGGCUUCGAUGUCCUACCAUGUCUGGAUGCGCCGGUCAAAAAGCCUCUGGUGUUUGGUGGCGGCAGCGGCUCUGUGGAUGUUCCUGAGUCUGGCUUCCUUGGCUGUUCCCCUACGAAGACGCUGGGGCCACACCUGGCCUUCUGUUGUCAUAUCCCAGCACGAUGAGCUUCUCCGUAUAGACAUCGCCGUCCCCUCUGCGUGGAAAGUCGAGGCCGGCCAAUAUGUGUACCUCUGGCUGCCACAGGCAGGCCUGCGAACUGCUACUCAACUACCGCUUUUUUAUGUCUCAUCUUGGGAAGAUACGCCGGGGGCCAACGACACCGGGGCGCCGACCUCUAAACUAGGACACCUGUCCGGUCAUCGCGCACAGAUCCAUGCGUCUGAGCAAUCGGCCGGUCAAGAGGACACGUUGAGUGAGCCAGAAACCCUGGUACCAGACGGUGCAUCGCUGCGCCCUGCCGAACGCGCGGGAGAAUGGAGACAGGCGGGGACAGCGGCAGGACGGAAUGCAGUCGUACACACUACCAGCCAACGGCACAUAUCGAGAGGCAGGACCUCGUCGAAUACUGCGGGCCACCGAACGCUACGUGUGCUGGCCCGCCCGCAGUCUUCCGCACUGGUGGCGGCACUCUAUAAUGCCGAACAUCGACACAGCGUUCGACACAGUGCGCUCGUGCUGGGGCCGUAUGGGAGACCGCCGGAUCUAGCCCGCUUCGGCAUCGUGCUCCUGAUCGUAGAGGAUAUCGGGAUUGCGCGGGUCUUCUCGCUCAUCCAGACCCUGGUCCUCGCGAGUGAACAACACCGCGCCAUGGUCCGGAAGCUCAUCGUUGUCUGGCAAAUGGAGGACCUAGGUACCGCGCGUCGCAGCAACCCCUCGUGUCGCCCGUAGAACGGUAAGCUGAGCUAACUCGCUCUAGACAAUCGUCGGUGGGUGAACAUGCAGCAUUUGCUGGACCUCGAUCGCCAAGAAUUCAAGGUACCACGACCACCGCACAGGCAGCAAUCCAUGUGCUGACCAUGACAGAUCCUCCGAUUCGUCCUUUACUACCGUCGAAACCGCAAGAAUGAGCCCUCGCGGAACCCCGGCACGAGGGUUCGAUUCAUGAAAGGGUCUGUAGAUGUGGCACAGACGAUAAGGACAUACCUAAAUACGCGUCGGGGGAGCAUGUUGGUAGGCGGUAUGAACCCUCUUCGAGGCCGGGGAAAGGCAGAUGCGUCCGAUGAAGCCAUACUAAGGAAUCACUGUGCCUCCACGUGUGCGCGACAGUCGAUCCGCAACCAGGUCAAGGCGAUCGUUCAGCCCAACUUGAGCGAUGACCUCCGGCUCCUGGAUCUUGUCGUUGAGCCGUGUCAUCAGUGGUCUAACACUGACACAACGGCGGCCGACACUACGGGACCAUCCAGAAACCACGUCCAAUGGGUCGCCUCCAGGAUAGCGGAAGGCCGUGGUCAUUCCCGAUGACCGAUCUACCAAUGGCCCCUUGUUUGACGAACACCCGUGCUAACAUAAUCGACUUCCAUCCCUCGCGCAACAACGGUCACCCCCGGCCCAACGCAUUCCCCCAGCCCGGUAAUUCCGUAAUCGAUCGUUCCAUAGCGCCACUGUCCACAGUACUCUGCUCCUUCAGCUCCUCGCGUUUACGAAGCCCGUCCGACGGCGAGAACGAACUCCUAUCGUAGGAUACGCCAUUGGAUCGCGGUAGUGUCGGCAAUGGUAGGUCCGCGAACGCAGGCCGCUGCAACGUUGGUAUGUAACCGGCCAGACGGUGCAGCCGACGAGACCGGUGCGUUAGCGCCUCGGCGGGACCGGGAUUGGGCCAAGCCGACCCUAGAAUCAGGGACCCGUGACACGUACGUGACGCGUCGGUGGUUGAUAGGCCAUCUUGGUCCGGGACGCUGGGCACGUCAGGCGGGCUGUCAGCGAGUGCUCUGAACUCUGUCCAGAAAGUGGGCAUACAUCGAGGCCAGGGAAGCGUGCACUCCAAGCUUGCACAAGACCCACAACCAAAUCCCGUCUAUUUCUCACUCGGCCCUGGUCGUGGUCACAUGGUAACCUUCUUACGAAGACGGAGCCGCACCGUAUCGCCGAGACAUGAAGCUCCUGCACCGGCCACUUUGUCGCUCGAAAAGAAUGGCCUUGCGGCGCAUCAUUGGAUGGACCGAUUGCGCAAGAGGGAGCCCGUCGGGGCAAUUGAGAAUGCUGAAACUCAUGUUUAGCAUCUUGACGCGCUUUACAUAGCAUGAUUAGAUAUAUAUAGUUGUGUUGUGGAGCACAGCAGCAGCUAAGAGGCCUGUGGCAGUGGAUGUCAGUGUGAUUGAAUUUUGGGCAGCCUCCCAAUCCCCUCUUUGACCCUCUAAGCUUCACGUUGCUCUCUUCCAAGCCCCGCUCUCUGAGACGGCCGUCCAGCUCGCCCUCAGCUCGCCCUCAGCUCGUCGGUAAGCUAAGCCCACAGUGUCCACCCUCGAUCGAACUUCUAUGCCAUCGCGUGAAUGUCUCCAAUUCAGAUUGAAGUACAGGGUGCGAAACAUAUGCUGGAUAAGGUACGUUCGGGAGGAUUUUCUGUCGACCCUGGGGAUGACUAUUUGUUCCUCGCGAGUGGGAUCCACAGGAAAAUCAUCAUGAUCACCACGUUUGCUGCCGGCCAGCAGUAUGGCACGAACUCUGUAACAUCUCUCCAAAGUCACGUAAGAAAGUUUUGCCCGGACAUUUGGUUUGGGCUUCUUGUGGGGGUUGCUGCGGGUCUCCCGAACCUGGACUGCUCGCCUCCGCGCGAUAUUCGUUUGGGUGACGUUGUUGUAGCUUAUUUUCCUCCUGGCGAAGAUCAUCCGGCAAUUGUACCUUAAAGGGAGACGAUGUCUUUAAUUGCGCUGCAACGGAU